AUGGGUUUGCCUUCUUCUCUAAAGUCGCACCUUCUUUUGCUCUUCGUCUGUUUCCUCAAUGUUUCCACCAUUUCAACGAAGCCAUUAAGAGAAGAGGCCGUGUUUUUUGGCGGGAAAUUUCCAGCUUUAUAUGUUAUUGGAGAUUCACUGAUUGAUCCAGGAAACAAUAAUUAUCUACUGACACUAAUCAAAGCGAAUUUUCCACCUUACGGCUCUAACUUUGAAGGAGGCAAAGCUACUGGUCGUUUUAGUGAUGGCAAAACAAUUGCUGAUUACAUUGCUAUUUAUUAUGGGUUUCCUUUGGUUCCUGCUUACAUGGGAUUACCUGGAAAACAAAAGAACAAUAUUUUAACUAGUAUUAACUUUGCUUCGGCUAGUUGUGGGAUUUUUUCCGACACAGGAAAGCGAGUGGGAAGAUGUCUCUCGAUGAAUGUCCAAAUCGAUCUAUUCAAUGAAACCAUCGAGGAUAAUCUCAAGAAAAAUUUCACGACGCAGCCAGAGCUUGGUAAGCACUUGGCUGAAUCAUUGUUUAUGAUUGGGAUUGGGGUUAACGAUUACGCUUCUUCUUUAACAAGAAUACAACCAAUCCGAAUGACUUCGCUAACAGGCUUCUUUACGAGUUCUUGA